ACAGAGGGAGGGACGAGAAGGCGGCGGCGGCAGCAGGAGCCGCGCUGCCUUGUGAGGCGAGAGGGUCGCGGGGGUUGGGUGGAGCCGUGGGGCGCCAUGGAGGACAUUAACUCCAACGUGAACGCCGACGCCGAAGUGCGGAAGCUGCAGGAGCUGGUGAAGAAGCUGGAGAAGCAGAACGAGCAGCUCCGCAUUCGCAGCGCCGCCGGGGCUCCGGGAGGCAGCCCCAAACGGCUGCUGGGCAACAACCACGGCGGCGGAGGGUCGGGAGCCUGCACGCCGCCUCUGGCCUCCGCGGCUACCGGCGCCCCGCAGUCGCCUUCACCGCCGUCGCCCGCCGCCGCUGCCAGGAGCAGCCCUCUGCUGCUGGGGCUCGAGAGCCGCUGCCUCGGCCCCAACAAGGCCGGGCCCAGGCGGCCUCCUCCGACCGAGGAAGGAGCCGGAGGAAGCGGCUCGGAGGUGUCGGGGGGAGCCGGCGAGAACGCCAGCCUCCUGGACGAAGUGGAGCCGCUGAAGCCCGACGAGCUGGAGCGGCUGGCCGGCUGCGGGGAAGACGAGACCGGCUGGUUGUAUGCUUCGCCAAAGAAGAAAGUGACUCCAUUGCAUAAAUGUAUUAGCCCACUGGUUUGGUGCAGACAGAUAUUGGAUUAUCCAACUCCAGAUAUUGAAUGUGCUAAAAAAUCAUUGAUCCAUAGGCUUGAACAGACAAUGUCAGCUCUCAAGAGACACAGCCUUUAUAGUAAUCCGUUCAGCACUGUCAAUUAUGCAAACUCCUAUAGUCCAAAUGCUGGCAGUCCCUACAGCAGUAGCUUCAACUCUCCUUCCUCCACACCAGUGAAACCUCCUUUAGUAAAACAGCUCAUACUUCCUGGCAACUCAGGUCAUUACAAAAAUUCAGCAGAUAGAAAUCCUCCGUUGAGCCCACAAUCCUCUAUAGAUAGUGAAUUAAGUGCUUCAGAAAUGGAUGAAGAUUCAAUUGGUUCAAAUUACAAACUAAAUGACUUAACAGAUGUGCAAAUUUUAGCACGGAUGCAAGAGGAAAGUCUCCGGCAAGAAUAUGCAGCUACUGCUUCUCGGCGUAGUUCCGGCUCGUCGUGCAGUUCUAUGAGGCGAGGUACAUUUAGCGACCAGGAACUUGAUGCGCAGAGCUUAGAAGAUGAAGAAGACAGCUGCCAUCAUGCGGUGCACCCGGCUGUUAAUCGGUUCUCUCCAUCACCACGCAAUUCACCGCGGCCUUCACCAAAGCAGUCCCCACGGAAUUCUCCUCGCUCUCGAUCACCUGCCAGAGGGAUGGAGUACAGCAGAGUGUCACCUCAGCCUAUGAUUACUCGUUUGCAGCAGCCUCGUCUUUCACUUCAAGGCCAUCCCACAGAUUUACAGACUAGCAAUGUCAAAAACGAAGAGAAACUAAGGCGUAGUCUUCCAAACCUGUCCAGGACAUCUAACAUCCAAGUUGAGUCUGUGAAAAACAGUAGAAGUGACUCAAACUUUCAAGUGCCAAAUGGAGGAAUAUCUCGUAUUCAACCUCAACCCUCAGCCACUCUGCAAAGGCAGAAAAAAAUGCCCCGUGUUGCCUUCAAAACCAAACAGCUACUUCCUACUCCAGCUACCAAAGGAGUUCCUUCUCCCAGUAAAUUCCGGUCCCCAGCAGCACCAUCUCCUCUGGCUCUGAGACAGCCGGUAAAAGCGUUUAGUAACCAUGGACCUAGCUCUGCUGUUCCAGAAGCUGUCCAGCUUUCGCAUAGCAGCUCUUCACCAGGGCCUUUAGCAGCUCCCAAUUCAGUCUCUCCAAGCCCAGCCAGCAGCAUCAACAGUGCUACGCUUACAAGACCCACAGGGACAACAGGGAUGAGGAGUGGUUUGCCAAGACCUAGUGCCCCCUCCGCUGGGGGCAUACCAGUGCCUCGUAGCAAACUUGCACAGCCUGUUCGCAGAACAUUGCCAGCUCCCAAAACCUAUAGCAAUGUGAAAGAUGAGAGUUGGAAGGACGGCUGCUACUGAAGUGCAAAGCAACAUUGUUCAGUAGGUACUCCUUCCCCAGGCUAAAUGACAGAUCAAUAUGCAGACUGAUCAGAUAAGACUUUGGGGGUUUGCAAAUCCCCAGACCUCUGUCCUUAAUUAGCACAAGCUGGCAGAGAUUAUAAAACAGCACUUUAAUGACAUUAACAUCAGAUACUUGGUGAUCACUCAAAUCACUUUUACAUGAAUCACUUUUCACCUCCGGAGCUUUCUCUCCUCUGCUACCUAAAAAUUGUUAUAAAUGCUCUCAUGGAUACAGUGGUCAACAUCUGGGCAAACACCUAACACAAUGCCAAAGAAACAUCUAUCCUGAAAAACAGCAUGUAAAAUCGUAAAAAUAAAAUUAAAAAUGAAAUCUAAAACAUCCAUAUGUGACUUGAUUUGAUUUAAGGAAAAUAAUUUUCUGGAGCUGUAGUAUGUAAACAUUAACAUAUUAAUCAAAGGGGGGGAAACGGCUUGCCAAGUGCUACUGUGGUAGUGAAAUCCUUUUAAACAAUUGUGGAAGAUUUGGAUGGAGAAAUUGCUGAGUCACAGCAGAACCAUUUUAUCUGGAGUCUCAUUUGGGAGUGGUAGGGAAGCCAUGUCAUUGUUUUUAUCUUUUUGAGCAGUCUAGAUGCAGCAGACCUCAUAUAUCUGGGUUGGAUAGGUUGCAUCUUUUUAUGUUGAUUUCUUGACCCAAACUGGUUUUGUGUUGUUUCAUUUGGAUUGCCAAAAGGGCUUAGUAUCAACUGUACAAUCUUUCUAAACUUCGCAGUUCCUGGCUCAGGAAGAUGGCCUUUGCUAUCGCAAACGACAUUUUGAAAAACACAGCUCACACAAUUUUGAGAAGUCCUUUUUCAGAUGAAAUUUCCUUGAAAAGGGAGAAAUUGUCCAUUAAAAUCACACCUCAGUGCUUACAGCCUGGAACUCAACUGAACAUGCGUAGAGUUAACAUAAAGAAAAGAUGACUAUGCACUUAUGCCCUAGAGAUACUAAGGAAAUGAGUUGUACUGUUGAUACCAAAUGAUUAUAUUCAUGUGGGUAAUGUUUCAUGGUAUGAGGGAGUUUUCUUUAUCUUUUUUUAAAGAAAAAAAAUUAUUAGCUUCCUAAACUAAUUUGUGUUUAAUUGUAAAUACUUCUUCCGAAGUUAUUGCCCAUGUUAGUAUUUUAACUAUGUACUUUGCCUUACACCUGUAUUUUACAUUGUUGGUAAGAGUUUAAAAAACGAAAA